UGAUCAGAAGAUUUAGACUCAAGGUGAAGAAGCCAUGGAGUUAGGACCGCUGCAGCCGCUCCGGUCGUUACUAGAGGAUGACGUCGCCAUGGGAUCCAAGACGCUGGAUGCGACGCUAUCUCAAGCUCUGAGUGGCGAGGAGCUCACGGCAGCCGUUCGCGCGGCGUCUAUCGUCCAAUUAGACCAAAUUUUAGAGCACGGAACACUUGCUACGCUUCCGUUGAGCUUUUUCUUGCUUGUCUCGUCCAAGGCGUCCAAGCUGGAGCAUGUGCGUCACCAAGAAGAGAUGGGUGAAGCACGCACGAAGCUACUGCAACAGGCAUCACAGCUACUACACCAGAUUCCCGUAUCUGUGGCCUCUAAAGAGCUUAAAAAGCUCAGUGUUCUCGUCGACCAGUACGCACGACUGGCUGUGGACAUGAAACAGAGCAUCAAGACCAUUUUCCCGCUCAAAUCCUUCUUGCGACGCUUCCACGAAGAGGGAAACGCCGUGUUGAUCCCUCUACAUGCUCAAUUUCUGUAUCUGUGUCUGCAUUCCAAGUGUUAUUUCGCUGCAAUGGAGAUCUUGGACCUAUCGCUCGUGGAGGUCCACUCGCAGUCGCAUCUCGUCACGUCCGUCGAUUUUUUGGGUUACGCGUACUACGGAGGACUAUUGUACCUCGGCGAGAAGCGGUACCAAGACGCAAUAGACUUCUUCCAACUGGCCAUCACAGCGCCCGCUAUCUCGCUCAGUGCCUUUGUUAUUGAGGCGUACAAGAAGCUGCUACUGGUGACUCUUAUUUUCAAGGGUGAAGGCGUUAUGCUGCCCAAAUACACGCCGUUUCUGGCCGUACGUCACGUGGAGAAUCACUGCGCUGCAUACGCUGAUCUGGCCAACGCAUUUGUGGUCGAAAGAGACUUGACAGCGGUGCAGGAGGUCGUCACGAAGAACGAAGAGCUGUUUAUCCAGGAAGGCAACUUGGGUCUGGUUAAGCAAGUCGUACAGGUAUUCAAGCAGCGGAAACUACUUCAACUGAAGCGUACGUACGCCACUAUCGAGCUCACGGAGAUCGCGACAGCAGCCGGGAUGGCCAGUAGCGAUGCUGUGGCUGCAGAGAAGAUGCUGCUGACGUUGGUCUCGAACGGCCAGAUGGACGCUGUCAUUGACAAGCAGAAAGCCAUGGUGCGCUUUGUGCUCGAGAAUCAAGACGGCGGCGCACACCACGAGCAAGUACAGAGCGAGGCGACCAAGAAACUGCAGCAAGAGAUGGAGAAGCUCGUGCUGGUCGCGUCACAACUGCGUUUCAUGGACGUGGAGCUCGUGACGAGUGCGAAGUUCCAGUCUCGCUUGCAGAAGGACAAGGAUCGACGUUCGAGGAUCAACAUGCACAACCAGCAAAGCGAGGAACGUCUGGAAGGAGCCAGCGGCAUGGACACGAUGGAGUAA